AUGAUUAUUAAGUUUAGAGCGAAUGAUAAAACGGACAAAUAUUUGGUUAAAUUGCAGACUGAGAAUGAUCCAGGUAGCGUAGUGAAAGAGUCACAGAAUUAUAUCAUGCAAAUGAACUUGGAAAACGCUAAAGAUAAAGAUAAAGAAUUUAUUUCUCGCUGGGAUUUCUUACAUGACGGUAAUAACUUUCAAAACGAAAGUGGUGAUCCAACCGACUUCUGGCGUAUGGUAAUUCCGGAAAUCUAUAUUUAUUCUGCUUUUUGGGAUGACCGGCCAUCGAACUCUGGAACAGGGCCUCUAAUCCGUAUCUUUGGGAAGGUAGGUCUUCACUUUCAAAACUUCGAUAAUGUUCACUGUGUUUUGCAAUUUGGGGAAUCAAGUGCUACAAGAAUUCUUACUCGGCCUUUGCAAGGUCGGUACAGGUUUUCUGCAAAAUGCUAUGACGGCGGAAGUAUUGAGUUUCGCUGCCUCGUGCCACCCGACCAACAGCCAACUGCCGUUUCCAUUAUAUCAAAGGAGAUGUCGAAGCCAUUACAUUGGAUAAAAGUUCACUAUCCAAAGAAGACGAACCUAACAAAUAAAAUUGUUGUGUGUACAACUCCGAUGUAUGGUGAUUUUGACGACUAUAUGCAAAUUAUAGAAAUAGUCGCUUACUACACUACUGUUGGUGUCAGCCAUUUUGUUUUUUACAACGCUGGUUGUUCUGAAAAAGUGAUAACAAUACUCAAACAAUUAAAGCAGGCGGGUGUUUCGUUGGAUGUCCUGCCUUUCGCCAAACACGGGGAAACAGACAACCGUAAAUGGAACGAGCGUGCCCAAGUUAUAUCUAUCCAAGACUGUAUGUACAGAAAUAUGUUUCAGUAUGAGUAUGGUCUAUACAUUGAUCUCGAUGAGUUUGUUUUUCCCGUGCAGCAUGAAACAUUACAGGGCCUCCUGAAGAGCGAAGAGCGGAAAAUUCCAGGAGACUGCUGUGGGGAAUAUCUUUUCAGACACGUUCUUUACUGUCUCGAUUACCCAUCAUUUCCUGUCCAAAACGUCUCUUUUCAGUUCAACACCCUGCUUAAAACAAUGAAAACAAAUAAUACAGAGGGUUACGACAGGUCUCGCUAUAUUACUAAAAUUGCCGAGCUGGAACAUCAUGGCUGCGUGCAUCGUGUUGCGCACUUGUUGCCAAGGUCAAGGCGAUACUUAGUGCCAGACCAGGUUGGCUUUAGCCACCAUUACCGUCGUGGUGUUAAGUACGACAAGAGAAUCGAUUGCGGAAACUUUAUAAACCAAAGGAAUAGCAACAUCACCGUUUACGAUCCAAGUCUUCCAUUGAAAUUUGGAAAUAAAAUGAUUGAACUUGUAAAACAGUGGGGAAUACUUUCAUAA